AUAAUUCAGUAGUCACAGCUGAUCAUAGUCACCUGAAUAAUUGUGAAAUGGCUGAACCAGGUACGCACAAGAGUGUGAGUGACCAUGAGAAAGAAAUCGUUGAUAGUACAGAAGAAAUCAAGAUUUCAACAGAAAUAACAUUGGAAAAAAGUAUUGAAGAAUGCCAAACGGCCGUCGACAAAUUUUUCAACAACCAUUUCAUGGAAGCAAAAGAUCUCAUGAGGCCGUAUGCUAACGUGAGCAUGUACCAUUCUCUUGGACACUCCGUAUUCCUCUUCCUUGAAGCUUUAUUAACCUUUGAUCCGGAAACCAUAGAAACAGCGAAUGCUGCUUUGAGGCAGUCCGUGUUAGUGAGUGGCAGCUGCAGGAGGAAGACUACUUUGACUGAAUCUGUUGGAAACUUGGUGAAGGGAACCCAAUAUGAUCUCUACACCGAUAAAGAAGCCCAUGCUGAGCUUUGCCAUGCCGAAAGCAUGCAAUUGAGAUCAGUCCUCACGUUUAUUCAGGACGAAUCAUUGACCAGUCUUGUCAGAGCUGGCAUCGAUAUAAGAUCCUGUUUCAAUUCGUAUAAAGACUGCCAGCAGAUUCUACUGAAAAAAUCUUGGCAAAGUGAAGGUAAUAAAAUACAUUUCGAAAGUGGCGUCAGAGUAGGCAUAGGCGUUUUCAACUUGAUGAUCUCUUUAUUUCCUGCCAAAAUCAUCAAGCUGUUAGAGUGGAUAGGGUUUUCUGGAAACAGAGAGUAUGGCUUGAAGGAACUGAACAUCGGUUGUAAGGUAGAAGGAAUCAGGCAAAUUCUCGCCGUCAUGGCAACACUGGGAUACAACCUAAUAGUAUUAUAUGUAUUGGGACAUGCUGAAGGUGAUACAAAGCAAUGCAAAGAAAUUUUACAGAAGCAAUUAGCCAAGCAUCCUGAAAGUGUUUGGUUCCUGUUUUUCCAAGGUAGAUUAGAGCUUAUUCUUGGUAACUUAGAAGCUAGUCAGGAAUUUUAUAAGAAAUCUCUAGAAUCGCAAAGUGUUUGGCCGCAGUUCCAUCAUAUGUGCUAUUGGGAGCUAUUCUGGAUACAUUGCAUUAAAUUCGAGUGGAAGAAUGCACUAAUUUACGUCAAUAAACUAUGUGAACAUAGUAAUUGGUCUAAAAGUUGUUACUAUUAUCAAAAAGCUGCAGUCUUGAUGAUGAUGCAGGAUGAACUGAACAGUUCUGAAUCAGAAGAGAUCGAUAAACUUCUGAAAGAUGUGGCCAGAUACAAACAGAAAAUUGGAGGACAAUCAUUGCCAAUGGAACAGUUUUCUAUCAAGAGGGCUGAGCGAUAUUUCAAUCAAGACAAAUCAUUGAUGCUUCCAAUUUUGGAACUGAUGUUAGUGUGGAAUCUAUUCAAAGUAUUGAAGAAGCCGAAUAUUGCCAACAAUUUUUUGAAGGUGAUUGAAAAGUCUAUUGCAUUUCUGAAGUCUAGCUCAAAGCAUUCAACUUAUGAUAAUGACAACAAAGCUAUUCUUUUGCUCAUGCGAGGUACUUGUUUGACGUAUAUGGGAAGCCCUUUACAAGGAAUGGAAUGCUUGGAAGAAGUCAUAUCUAUGAAGGAACAUCUGGUCGAAGAUCAUUAUGUUAUCCCAUAUGCUAUUUUUGAGCUUGCACUAAUUGACUGGAAGAAUGGGAAGAAAGAGAAGGCUAUUUCAGCACUUGAAGACGUGAAGAAGAAUUACACGGGAUAUUUUCUGGAGGCCAGACUACAUUUUCGAAUACAAUCAGCGCUCACUGAAUUCAAGAAAUGAAAAGUUUCUUUACUGUCAUUAUAUGAAAUAUUAUGUUGUUUGUGGAUGAUUCAACUAAUAUUACGAACUCUAUA